GCAGAGCAGAAGAGGCACACGGGCCAACCACCCACCCCAACGCCCCCAACGACCUCACGCUCUUCGCCCUCUCCCCCUGUGCUGUGCUGCUCCCCCUCCUCUCCCGUCGGCGCGGACGCUGCUGCGAGCUGGAUCUCGCGGCGCGGGGGAUGGCGCCGUCGUCGUCCUCGUCCUCGGCGAGCUCCCACGCGGGCCUCGCCAUCGCUGCCACCGCCAUGGCGCUCUCCGGCACGCUCGUCCUCUUCUCCCUCUGCCGCGCCAAGCAGCCGCAGCUGGUCCCUUCCUCCGCCGACGCCGACGCCGACGCCGACGCCGACGCCGACGCCGCCGGCGCUCCGCCUCCUCGCCUCCGGCCGUGCCUCUCCUCGUCCGAGAAGCGGAAGAAGCGGGACAAGGCGCGGCGCGUGGGCAAGAAGCGGGUGCGCUUCGCGGACGACGUCGUCGGCACUAAUGGCGCCGUCCCCCGCGCGCCGCGGGAGGCCGAGCCGUCGUGCGCCGCGGCGGCCAUGCCGGCGAACCGGGAGGCGCUGUACCGCGGCAUGCUCCGCGGCCGCUCCAUACUCAGGGUCGCCUGCUCCUACUAGCGCGCCGCCGCCGCCACCUGCACCCCAACCAACCAAGCCUAGUUAACCGCUCCAUUAAUCUAGCUUCUCCUGUGUGUGUUGCCGGCGGAAGGCCGGCCGGCGCUAGCUUCUAAUUGCCCCCGAUUGAUCGCUCCCUCGCCAUUGUUGGGAAGUUUUGUAAUUAGUGGCCGUCCCCUACGCCGCGAGGGAGCUAAUGAUCCGCGUGUGUGUUGGUGCUGUUGUACUCGCUGCUUCCUUGUACAUUACUGUGUACUACUCUGCAUUCCGAGUGACCAGUGAACGAUUCUUCGCUGCUCCAUGCUCAAA